UAGUAUCAUAAAAAGAAUAUUGACGGAAAUGAAAUGAUAAUGUUUUUAAUAUCACUUAUUACCUAACAUUUUGACAUAUCAUCGUGUGAUAUUUUCGUUCUUCCCGUUUUUAUUUAAGAAUUACUGUAGUAUAUAAAAUGAAAUACUAACAGUAAACUGUGACAAAUUGUUUAUUACAAAUACAUUGUAUUUUUAUAUAUAGAUAUUUACAUAUAAUAAUAGUUCAGUGUUGUGUAUUGUUUAGUGUUUAAAUAUUAAAUAAUCUCUGUAUUAUCCAUCAUUAAUUUUCAAAUUUUUAUAGAAAUUCAGAUUUUUUCUUUCUGUAAUUUUCAUAGUUAUUAGAUAAGACUGCUACUUUAAAUAUAUCAUAUUGAAUAAUUUUUAUAUUUUGCCAGAUUCAAUAUUUUUUAUAAUUUUAUAUACAUACAUGUCUUUUUAAAUUAAUAAUGAACAAAUAACAAAUAAUACCUAUAUACAUACUGUGUUUAUCAUGUCUAAGAAGAUAAAAAAUUUUUUGAUGAUGACUAAAUAGAAAUUGACAAUUAACAUAGAACUUCAUUUAAACAUAAUUAAAACUAACUCUGAAAUUUACAAUUUCACUCUGUGUAUUCUUUAUAUAAGGAAAUAAUUCUUAAAAUUACAAACAGUUAUAGAGAGAAUCUUUGAACGUAAAAUGUUUUAAGUUUAAAUUAUUUUUAUAAUAUUUUUUUAUAGUCAUAUUAUCUUUGGCAUGCUCUAGAAUUCAUAUUAUACAAGUUUUCUUUGUGUUUCUAAUAUAUGUAUAUAUGAUAUAUAUAAUAUAUAUAUAUAUAUAUUGGAUAAAUAUUGAUAUAUAAUAAUCCAUGUUUCUAAUAUAGGUGGUACUAUUGAUUAGAUAUUUCUUAUUCUAUUUACUAAUACAAAAAUUCAAAAAAAAAAAAAUAUUCAUUUCAAAUGUGUGUCAAAUUUAAAGUAUUACAAAUUUUGCUAUAUUAGACAGAUUGACUAAUGAUCUUUUUUACUUCAUUUUUUGUUUUGUAAUACAUUGUGUUUCUUGAUCAGGAAUGACAAAAACUAAUGGUUUAUCAUAAUAUAGUGAAUUCAAAGUCCUGUAUCAUAUAAAUACAUCCAAUGAAUAUCCUUUGUUCCUCAAAAUAACAUUGAAUAGAUGAAUCUUAUGUAUAAUUAUUUGGCUUUUAGUUAAUAAACAAAUCAAAGCCUUUGUAUCUUGAUUUAGUAUUUUUGUAUCUGAGCAUGCUAAUAUGUGAUCUUUUAUAUAUUUGCGUUACUGGAGCAUUUCAAUAUUUAUAUUUAGAAAAAAAAAUAUAACGUGUAAUGUUUUGCAUUACCAUUUAUAAAAUGAUUUCGAUUGGAGUUUUUAAUAUCAUGAGAUUUUUUGUUGUAGUUUGCGUUACAAACUAUUUAUGUCUUUUAUUUUCAGUAUAAAUUCAAUUCUUAAAAAUAAGAUCAACUAAAAAAUUUUCUGUUACACUAUCAAAGUUUUAAAAGUAAUGCGAUUAAAUAUUAAUUUUCGUGAGCGUAUAACCUCGUUUACAAAGCAAUGUUAUGUAUGUAGUUAUAGACCGUGCUAUGUAUAAAAGUUACGAAGUUUUGUAAGAAAAAAAUGUGAAUAAUCGAUAAAGGAGCUCUUAAGCUUCAAACUGUGUGCCAAGAAGGGUGGACCCCUACUUAUGGCAGUAAAGAAGACAACGCAUGAAAUUUCUUCAAAGAAGAAUCAGAAAAAAAGUUUCACUGGUUGCUUGUAGGCUGAUAUAAUUUCAUAAAAAUGGCACGCAUAAAAUUAAGUAAAAAUGCAAGAAAAUUAUACACAAGAUAUUCAACCAAAAAAAAAACAAAAUGAACUUUUAUAUAGAUAUGGAUAUUUUUUAUUAAUGCUUUUAUGUAUGAUGCUUGCUUCUGCUAAACCACAUUUUGGUAAAACAAAUGGUAUUCUGAAUGGAAAUAUUAUCAUUCGAUAUUUUGCUAUUCCUUUAACAUACUUAGAAGCAGGUUUAUUAUGUGAUCCAAAAAUGCUUUAUUUAACAUUAAGCAAUGGUUCUCUCUUAAUAUUUACAAUGACUUUCAUAUAUAUUUUAAUGCCUUUUCUUAUGAGACUUGGGGUAUGUUUAUUGACUUAUGCCAAUGUCAAUGUAUGGUUAUUGAAAGGAAUGGAAGUACUUUAUUGCAUGCCACCUCCAUUUAAUACAAGUUUUGUAUUAUGUCGAUUAGCACAAGCAGAUUUAUCAACAAGCAUUGUGAUUACUUUAGUAUCUCAUUUUGGAGGAUUAUUUAUAUCUCCUAUAUUAUUAUAUUUUGUGUUAGGAGCAUCUACACCACCUUUGGUUGGUAUAAACAUAAAAGAAACCAUUUAUAGUACUAUUAUACCAUUAAUUAUUGGUAUUGCAAUUCAAAUUAUUAUUUUAAAGUACGAUAUUUGUCCAAAAAUUAAAUCACUUUGGUUUUCUCAAGGAUUAUUAUUAGCUACAGCAUAUCAUUGGUUUUGUGAUGCAUUGUUAAUAGAUGCAUCAUCUUUGCAAGCUUCUGAUGUAUUAUUAUGUGUAUUAAUUGCUUGUGCGGGACAACUAUUUGUUAGCUGCUUAUGUUGGAUUUUGUGCUCUCGAUGGUUACCUCGAAAUAUCUUACUAGCUACACUUUUUACAAGUACUCACAAAUCAGUUGGUCUUGGUAGCUGGAUUUUACGUGGUGCUUAUCAUGGUUCAGCUCAUGGUUCAGCUGUAAAUUUACCAUUGUCAAUAUUACCAGUUGCACAAUUAUUAUUAGUAUAUAUUGAAACAACUAGUGUAAAAUUAUGCACGAAUAAGUUUUUUCAAUUCUAAUCAACUUAGUUUCAUUGAUAUUUGAUAAAAGAAAAUCAUGACAAUUAUACAAUACACUGUACAUCAUUACAGGAACAAUUUUAAAUAGUACAUUAAGUGAAAGUAAAAAAGAAAAACCAAUUACACUACUUCGAAGCGUUAUACGCUAUAUCUUACUUGGUAAUUAUAUAAUAAUAAAUUGUAUUUGUAUCUUACAAGUUAUAAAUAUAGUUUCUUCACUUUCGAUUGUAAAA